AUGUCAAAAUAUAUCAUUGUUAUUGCAUUGUUAUCGAUGAUUAUUGUCGAUACAUUAGCAGCAGAUAAAUUACAAAUUGAUGUAAAGAAAAAAGUUGACGAUUGUGAACGAAAAUCUAAAAACGGCGAUCGUCUUCAUAUGCAUUAUACUGGUACAUUGAAAUCAGAUGGUAAAAAAUUCGAUUCAAGCCGUGAUCGUGGUGAUCCAUUUGUUUUUACUAUUGGUAGUGGUCAAGUUAUCAAAGGGUGGGAACAAGGAUUACUCGAUAUGUGUGAAGGUGAACAACGUGUGUUAACAAUUCCAGCAUCACUCGGUUAUGGAGAUCGUGGUGCUGGCAAUGUCAUUCCAGCUGGUGCUACACUUGUCUUCGAUGUUGAACUCAUUAAAAUUGAACGCAAAAAUAACGAUCUUUAG